AUGUCUGGAAGAGGAAAGGGAGGCAAGGGACUCGGAAAAGGAGGAGCGAAACGACAUCGUAAGGUUCUCCGUGAUAACAUCCAGGGAAUCACAAAGCCAGCCAUUCGUCGUUUGGCUCGCAGAGGAGGAGUGAAGCGUAUCAGUGGUCUCAUCUACGAGGAGACACGUGGAGUGCUCAAGAUCUUUCUUGAGAAUGUGAUCAGGGACGCUGUGACUUACACUGAGCACGCGCGUCGCAAGACAGUGACUGCUAUGGAUGUUGUGUAUGCUCUCAAGAGGCAGGGCAGGACCUUGUAUGGGUUCGGUGGUUAGGGAUUUUGGCAAGAAUAGUUAGUGUUUUGGAAUCGAAGGUAGAUUUGGCAAAUUUAGAAUUUGUUUGGUUUUGUUAGCUUGUAUUAAAAUGUUAUGGGUUUGUAAGUACUGGGUUGAGUUCUAUUUUGUAUUGGGAAUGGUUGGAACUUUGAAAUGAAAAUUGGAGGUGGUGGUGUUUGAUCCCUA